AUGCCGAUUGAUUCUUCAGUUUUAGACGAACUUCCGACUCUCCCGGGCCUCCCUGAGCUGGACUCUGUUCUCGACUGCACAUUGAUAACGUUUCGUUGUUUAAUGUUAACUCAUUCAUCUACCUCGGCAGCGUCAUAUCCGACAAAUCUCGCCUCUGCUUCAUUCGGACGUCUCCAUCUCCAGGUCUUCUCUAAUAGCAACCUCCGAUUCACCACCAAGGCCGCUGUCUAUCGAGCUGUAGUUGUUUCAACACUGCUCUACGGCUGUGAAUGCUGGACCCUGUAUCGCCGACAAAUAAAACUACUUGAGACAUAUUGCGCAUUACAUGGUUCUUCAACAUGUGCAGGUCGUCGGCAUCAAGACCAUCAUACGACAGCACCUUUUGCAUUGGGUUGGGCAUGUUGUGCGGAUGUCGGACAGUCGCCUCCCAAAAAUUGUAUUCUACGGAGAGGCUCGAGACCGGAAGCCGCUCACGUGGGGGCCCAAAGAAACGGUUUCGGGACUAACUUAAGCGUGUUCUUAUUGGAGAAACUUGCAGGGGAAAGGGUCUGCUGGCGGUCUCUCUGCGUCACCAGAAUGGCGCACUUCCAGGAGGAGAGGCGAGAAGCGCUUGAGGGAAGGCGACAUCAGCGUCGUCAGCAGCCUGUUGAUUCCACACCAGGUAUUGUUUCCCUGACACCUGUGCCCGAGAGCUUGUCGUUCGCGGAUCAGACUGCAGUCUCAUUUGGCAGUCCACAGAAGACGGACGAAGAUGGAACGACAGCGUCAUCGUCAGCAAUGACGGGCAGCCUAAGAUAA